AUGUUUCAUUGUGAUGUGUACGAUAAUUUGAAAUCAAUAUGUAGACAAGAACAACUGAUUACAUUUCGUAGUUAUCAUGAAUUACUUAAAUCAGAUUCCUUAUCAAAUGCUCGGUCAAAUUCUCCCUUUCCCUCUCCCGUACAACUAUCGCCACAAGCUGUUUUUGUUCAUCUUAGAAUAAAUGAUACCGAAAAAAUUCAUAUGAAAUUUCGACAAGCUGAAGAUUAUCCGGUUGAUCUCUAUUAUCUAAUGGAUUUAUCACACUCAAUGUCUGAUGAUAAGGAUAAAUUGAGUAAACUCGGUGGAAUGUUGGCAACUGAAAUGAGAACAAUCACAAAAAACUUUCGAUUAGGAUUUGGUUCAUUUGUGGAUAAAAAUGUUCCACCCUUUGUUCAGCCGGCACCAAAUACGUCACGACCAUGUCCAUCGAAUUUUCAAGGAGCUUGUGUCAAAGCUUAUGGUUUCAAGCAUCAUUUAAGUUUGUCAGAGAAUGUUAAAGAAUUUGAGCAUCAAGUGCGUGAAGCACCCGUUUCUGGAAAUAUCGACGCACCAGAAGGAGGAUUAGAUGCGAUUAUGCAAGCUAUUGUUUGUGACAAUGUUAUCGGUUGGCGUAAUGAUUCUCGAAAACUCAUUGUAUUUUCAACAGAUGCGGGUUUUCAUUAUGCAGGUGACGGACGUGUAACUGGUAUAAUUGAUCCUAAUGAUGGAGAAUGUCAUAUGUUGAAUAACGAGUAUACUUAUAGUGAUAAGCAAGAUUAUCCAUCGAUUGGUCAAAUAAGUUCAAAAUUAAGCGAAAAAAAUGUGAAUAUGAUAUUUGCUGUUACACAAUCUCAAUUACCAUUGUAUCGAACAUUAACGGAACUUAUCGAUGGCGCUGUAGUUGGAGAAUUGAAAAAUGACUCAAGCAAUAUUGUCAAUCUUAUAGCACAAAAUUACAAGAAAAUUACGUCAAAUGUAUUACUCAUGUAUAGUGAGUUACCUGAUGGUCUUUCAAUUAAAUUAUCACCUGAUUGUCAAGAAAGCAAACGAAAUAAACCCGAGUGUAUUGUUAGCGUUGGCGGCACUCUUAAUUUUUCGGUUGAAUUAGUUGCUACUAAAUGCAUAGAUAAUGGUAAUGCUAUAACAUUUUAUAUAUAUACACAUGGUUUAAAUGACCGAAUUUCGGUUACCGUUCAAACAAAUUGCACAUGCAAUUGUUUACAGCCACCGAAACAAAUAAAUAGUUCAUUAUGCAGUUUUCAUGGGAAUUAUGAGUGUGGUGUUUGUACAUGUGCACGAGGCUUUUAUGGAAAAGAAUGUGAAUGUGAUAUAGCAUCUAGUGCAGGUGAUUCAAAAGUUGAACAAUGUAAAAAACCGGGAACUCAAAUAACAUGUUCUGGACGUGGCGAAUGUCUAUGUGGUCGUUGCAAAUGUUUCAAAGAGGGUGGUCAACGAAUUUAUGGUGAUUAUUGUGAAUGUGAUGAUUUUUCGUGUCCAAGAAAAAAUGAUUCUGUCUGUUCAGGACCUGAUCAUGGUGAAUGUGAUUGCGGAAAACGAUGUAAAUGCCAUGCAGGAUGGACUGGAGAGGAUUGUUCAUGUACAACAAAUAACAGUACAUGUUUAACAAAAAAUGAUACAAUUUGUAAUAAUCAAGGUGUUUGUGAAUGUGGCAAAUGUAUAUGUCACAAAGAUUCAGAAUUUUUAGGACCUACGUGUGAAGAUUGCUUUACUUGUGCUCAUCGUUGUGCUGACACUCGUGAAUGUGUUUUGUGCACAGUUUUUGAGAGUGGCUCAUAUACACCAGAACAAUGUGCUUUGUUAUGUAAUCAACCGUAUCGAAUUGAUAUUGUUGAUAGUGUGAAAAGCAAAAAAGAUGCCAAAAAAGAUCGUGAGAAACGUUUAUGUCAGUUUGAUGAUGAAAAAGAUCAUUGUCGAUUUUUUUAUACAUAUCAUCAUGAUAGUAAUCAAUUAAUUUUACGUGUUCAAAAAACAAAAAGUUGUCAUCGAGUUUUAUCUGUUCGUCUAACAAUUAUUAUUAUUGUUUUAAGUAUUUUACUAUUUGGUCUAUUUUGUUUAACUGUUUGGCGUAUAUUAGCGACAUUUCAUGAUCGACGUGAAUUUGCAAAAUUUGAAAAAGAACGUGAAAAAGCCAAAUGGGAAACUGGCGUAAAUCCAAUUUAUCGUCAAGCUACUGUUAAAUAUCAAAAUCCAACUUAUCGUGUAUAUGGUACUGAUGAAAUGCGCUUAAUGGACGCGUCAUCAUCGGAUAACAAUACUAACAAUAACAACAAUAGCAAUCGUGAUCCAGUUGAUCAUUCCAGUUCAAUAACACAACCAAAAAUAAAUAGUACAAUACAAUGUCGAACAAUUUAUGAUGAAGUUCGAACAGGAAAAUGUAUUGCAUAUGAUUCAACUACAAAUAUGAUUACAUUAAGUAUGCCGGGUUCAAAAAAAGAAUUAACAACAUUAUCUGUUAUUAAUCUAAAUAAUUGUAUUGAGUGGUCGGUGCUUUCGGAUGCAGAGGAAGCUCCAGAACCAUUAUUUCCAGUUGAUUUAGAUAAGUUACGAAAACGAAUGAAUGAGAAUGUGGAUAAAAAAACGAAAGAAGUAGCAGCAAUUAAUCCAAAUGCUAGUAGAUAUGGGCAAUUAUUGUUUAAAGAAAUAAAAAAAACAAUGAGUGAUGUUGUAUCAUGGGAUAAAAAUGAUAUUGUUGUCAAUAAUGUGCGUAUUGUUGAACCAUAUGAAACACAGAAUAUUAUUGCACCAAAUAAUGAAACAGCCAAUAUAGAUAUCAAUACUCGAAGUCAUGUUCAUAAACUGGUUACAAGAUUUUGGAAAGAAAAAGCGACAAAAACUCCUGAUACUAUUGAUACAUCUGAGUCAGCUGCAAAACCCAAUAGGAAAAUGAGUGGUAGUAGUGGUGAAAUAGCAAAGGAUGUUGGACGUUGGGCGAAUCAAUAA